CCCCCACACCCUGCCCCCCAUCCCUGCACCCCUUUUUGCCUUCCAGGUUGAUGCAGAAUAGAGGGAGGAAACUGCCCCUCUGCCCACAGCAUCAUCCCACAGUUAUUGGGGUUUUGGAGGGGCUGAAAGAGGCAUUGGAUGGGGGCACAGCACAGUCCCUGUGCCACCCACAGCACUCCUGGGGACACUGUGGAGGCUGAGAGGUGUCCUGGGGCCCCGCUGCUGCCACCUCCCUGCGGAGAGGAGAUUCAUGGCAGGAAAAAAGGGAGCCAGGGCUGACGAGCUGCUCUGCUCCUCAUCUCCCACUCCGGGGGAAGCUGCACGGGAGCCCUGAAUUGCACAAAGCAGCAGCACCCGCAGGAGGAAGCGGGAGGGAAACACCCGCCCCCAUCCCAAAGCUCAGCCCCUGAGGGGAUUUAAGCCCCCCCAGCCCCAGCAGCACCAGCGGUGGUGGCAGUGUCCCCUCUCCGUGCCACCAUGGUCACAGCUGGGCUCUUCAUCCUCAUCAUCCUCCCAGCUCUGGCUCCGGCAGGCACCCAGGGCAGCCAGAUCAUCGGGGGCAAGGCUGCAGCCCCCCAUUCCCGGCCCUUCAUGGCCUCCAUCCAGCUGGACGGCGAGCACGUCUGCGGGGGCUUCCUGGUGUGGCCCCGCUGGGUGAUGACAGCCGCCCACUGCUUCAUUCCCAGGGCUGCUGAGAGGAUAGCUAAGAUAGUUAGGAGCGAGGACAGGCAGGGCUGGGGGGUCAGCAGGAGCGGUGAGAUGCGGCAGGAGCAGCUGGAUGGGGGCUCUGCCCCAGCAGCAAAGCCACCACGGCCUCGCUGCCCCCAGCUGAACGGGUCGGCCACGCUGAACGAGUUCGUGAAGCGGAUCCGCCUGCCCUGCCCGCACAUCGACCUGAAACCCGGCACUGUCUGCACCGUCAUGGGCUGGGGGGACACCUCCAACUUCGGGGAGCAGCCCACGGAGCUGAUGGAGACCAACACCACCAUCGUCAAGAGGAGCCUGUGCCGGACGCUGUGGAGGGGCAAGGUCUCGGCCAACAUGCUGUGCGCGGCCAGCCGCAGCACCAGGCUGCAGGGAGUCUGCUCUGGAGACUCCGGGGGACCCCUGGUGCUCAAGGACAAGGUCCAUGGCAUCGUGUCCUUCUCCGGGGAGAGGUGUGGGGACCGUCGGUUCCCUGAUAUCUACACCAAGAUCUCCAAUUACAUUGACUGGGUGCAUCACGUUGUGCGAGGGUUCCGCUCUCAGGAGGGGGGGCUGAAGCCCUAG